GCGCUUGGGUGCCAUCUAGUGGUGAAACUACCGCACAAUCACAUGUUUCCUUAAGUAUGUCCUGACCGCCUGUAGAUGAACCAUGAACUGAAAAAGCUGUAUUGUAAUAUUUAAAACGUAUGGUCCCGUUAGAGACAAUCGGAGCUUGGACUAAAGACUAUCUCGAAAUGUUUGCACGUAGAUAGCUCGCUGUCACACCAACUCCUGUGACUACUGUGGAGCAGGGCUGCCACAGCAGCCAGUCAAGAUGGACACCGCCGAGGAAGUGGACAUCUGUCGGGUAUGUCGUUCGGAGGGGACCCCGGAUAAGCCGCUCUACCACCCCUGUGUCUGCACCGGCAGCAUCAAGUUUAUCCAUCAGGAGUGCUUACUGCAGUGGCUGAAACACAGCAGAAAAGAAUACUGUGAAUUAUGCAAACACAGGUUUGCAUUUACACCAAUCUACUCUCCAGACAUGCCAUCUCGUUUGCCAGUACAGGACAUCUUUGCGGGGCUGGUCACCAGCAUUGGAACAGCCAUCAGAUACUGGUUCCACUACACACUGGUGGCCUUUGCCUGGCUAGGCGUGGUGCCUCUCACAGCAUGUCGAAUCUACAAGUGUUUAUUUACUGGCUCUGUGAGCUCUCUCCUUACCCUGCCAUUAGAUAUGCUUUCAACGCAAAACCUGCUUGCAGACUGCCUCCAGGGCUGUUUUGUGGUCACUUGCACGCUGUGCGCCUUCAUCAGCCUGGUGUGGCUCAGAGAACAGAUAGUCCAUGGUGGCGCCCCUCAGUGGUUAGAGCAGAAUCAACCCCCUCUUGUUCCUAAUCAGCUUAACGGUCCUGUACCAGCUAAUGAGGCUCCAGGUGGUAACAAUGCCCAGGCUGAUGCAGAUGGAGCACCAGCCCAGCACCCUGCAGACCCUGCUGCAGACGGUGCGGCACCUGCCAACCCACAAGAAGCUGGCAACCAUGGCGAUGAGGCUGAUCUUGAUGAUGAGGAAGAAGACGAGGAUCGGGAGGAUGACGAAGAGGAGGAGGAGGAUGAGGAAGGCAGAGAAGAGGAUGCUGCUGAUGCUAAUAAUGGAGGACAAGAAGAUCUGAACUGGAACGCCCUGGAGUGGGACCGUGCAGCAGAGGAGCUGACAUGGGAACGGAUGCUGGGUCUUGAUGGUUCCCUAGUUUUCUUGGAGCAUGUGUUCUGGGUGGUCUCUCUCAACACACUCUUCAUCCUAGUCUUUGCGUUUUGCCCCUAUCAUAUUGGCCAUUUCUCAGUGGUUGGACUGGGCUUUGAAAAUCAUGUCAAAGCGUCACACUUUGAUGGCCUCAUCACCACCAUACUGGGGUACAUCCUCCUGGCUGGGGCUCUCAUAGUCUGCCACGCACUGGCCUCAUUAGUGAAGUUCCAGCGGUCCAGGCGCCUCCUGGGUGUCUGCUACAUUGUUGUCAAGGUAUCCCUUCUGGUUGUCAUGGAGAUAGGCUUGUUCCCACUGAUUUGCGGUUGGUGGCUUGACAUUUGCUCACUGGAGAUGUUUGAUGCAACUCUGAAAGACAGGGAGCAGAGUUUUGACUCUGCCCCCGGUACCACCAUGUUCCUCCACUGGCUGGUCGGCAUGGUCUAUGUCUUCUACUUCGCCUCUUUCAUUCUUCUGUUAAGAGAGGUGCUCCGGCCUGGUGUGCUGUGGUUCCUGAGGAACCUGAACGAUCCAGACUUUAACCCAGUCCAAGAGAUGAUCCACCUCCCCAUCUAUAGACACCUGCGGAGGUUUAUUCUCUCUGUGGUGGUAUUUGGCUCCAUAGUCCUGCUGAUGCUUUGGCUUCCUAUCAGAAUCAUUAAACUGCUCUUCCCAACCUUCCUGCCCUACAAUGUCAUGCUUUACAGCGACGCUCCAGUCAGCGAGCUGUCAUUGGAGCUGCUCUUGCUUCAGGUUGUUCUGCCAGCAUUGCUGGAGCAGGGUCACACUCGCCAGUGGCUCAAACGGCUCGUCCACGCCUGGACAUUCACCGCUGGAUACAUGCUUGACCUUCAUUCCUACCUGCUGGGAGACCACGAAGAUGAUGACAACCAACCAAACAACAACCCUCCUGGUCUCCAUAACAACAACAGGAUCCCCGGCCUGGGGGAAGGGCUUCAUGCUGCCCAUCAGGCCAUUCUGCAGCAGGGUGGUCCUGUGGGUUUCCAGUCUUACCAUCGGCCUGUCAACUUCCCUCUCAAGAUAAUUCUCCUGGUGGUCUUCAUGUGUGUGACGCUGUUACUGGCUAGUCUGAUCUGCCUCACACUGCCCGUAUAUGCAGGUCGCUGGCUGAUGUCCUUCUGGAUGGGCAGUGCCAUGGUUCACGAGCUUUACACAGCAGCCAGCGGUCUGUAUGUCUGCUGGCUGUCUAUUCGUGCUGCGACGGUGAUGCUGUCCUGGAUGCCACAGGGACGAUCUAUCAUCAUGCUCAAAGUCCAAGAGUGGACACUCAUGAUCCUAAAGACCCUAGUGGUGGCUGUGAUGUUAGCAGGGGUGAUUCCUCUGUUGUUGGGUCUGCUCUUUGAGCUGGUCAUUGUAGCUCCUCUCCGAGUUCCACUGGACCAGACACCUCUCUUCUACCCCUGGCAGGACUGGGCUCUUGGCGUGCUCCAUGCCAAAAUCAUUGCUGCCAUCACACUGAUGGGCCCCCAGUGGUGGCUCAAAACCGUCAUCGAGCAGGUGUAUGCUAACGGUAUCCGAAACAUUGACCUCCAUUUCAUUGUGCGAGGGCUGGCUUCCCCGGUCAUCUGUGUCCUGCUGCUGUCUCUGUGUGUGCCCUACACCAUCUCUAAAGGCAUAACGCCACUGCUGGGUGUGCAGCCGGAGAUGCAGACGCUAGUGGAGAGGAGGAUCUAUCCAUUCCUGCUGAUGGUGGUCAUGCUUUUGACCAUCCUUACCUUCCAGAUACGACAGUUCAAGCGUCUCUAUGAACACAUAAAGAAUGACAAAUACCUUGUUGGACAGCGGCUGGUGAACUAUGAACGCAAGUCAGGCAGGAGCACACCAAGCUCCUCAUAAAGCUCCUCUUCAUAGACCUGAUGCUGCUGUGGGAUCAGUGGAGCUGACUCACUCUGCUCAGCGCUGAGAGCUAUCAUCAGCUCCUGUGGUGAAGCCUUUUUGUUUCCUCUGUGCUUGGCUGUCAACUUCAAACACAGCCUCCAAACUCCUGACUGCAGUCUGGUCCUCUUUUUCACAAACAUCUACUGCUGUCACAUGUUGGGAGACAAAGACAUUUAAGAGUGAAGACAGAAUGGUCUCAGAACUCUUCAUGGAAGAUUUACAUUUCUGAACAAGGUUGAGGUGGAGUUGUUGACUGUUAAAUGUGUUCAUUUUUGGCUUCAGCGCGGCUGAUACUUACAUUUUUAUUAAUUUUAAGAGUUGAAGUGGGCUCAGCCGAGCAUAGCUUUUACCACUGAAUAUGCUUCCCUUUGAAUGUUUGUUGUGAAAUGUCUGUUGUCUAAGCCACACCAAGUGUCUCUUAAUGAGACAGUUAUGACAUUUCAGAGCUGUUGAGGAGAUAUUAUAACAGGAAGGCCUCUGUGGUUCUCUGCCAAGUGUUGAUUUGUCUCUAAAGACAUCUUUCUUCAAAUUGAGGUUGUCAGUGAUAUGGAGGGACAUACAUAAUGUAGCAAUGUGAUUGUAUUCUUUUAUUAUCCUUUUGGUUUUUUUAUUCUUUUUUUUAGAUGUUGUUAUUAGAUGUGUUUUCAUUGAUUUUUAGUGUUGUGGAGUGAGCUGUUAGAUUGUCCUCUGAGGAUUGCUUUGAAGUAAAGAUGUAAAAAAGAGAGAAAAAAAGGGACAUCUAAGACAAUCUGGACCCAGUCGCGGACAUGUUCCCUCUUAAGAUGUUCCCUUGUGAAUUUCAAAACAGUCUGGGUUGUGAGUACCUCGCUGAGCAAAUUCUCCUUCAGGAGAGGAGAAUCAUUAACUUGAAGUCACACAGCACAGAAAAAAUGCAGUUUAAACUCAGCUGGCCUCAAUACAUUUCAGAAUGUGCUUGUGUUACACAGUGAGACGGACACUUUUUUAAAAGAAAUAUUUAUUUUGAUAGAAUUGAAAAUAAUGUCAGAUGGUUUGCCCUUAAUGAAUUGUGGUGCUGCUAAUCAGCUGUUCAGAUGUUCACCUGUCCAGGCUCUGUUCAAUGUAGGGUUGGGCAAGGUCUGCUGAAUUGGUAUAUGAUGAUGUCUACAGUGACACAACGUGAUGGCCAAUGACAUAAUUGUUUAUGAAUUUGAGGGUGGCGUGUCCUUUCAGUAUUGUUGUAAGGCAGCAGUUCCAUAGUGGCUCACCACUUUAGCCUCUGCUGCUUCCAUCCGUUGACACGAGAAACUCCCAUCUCCCAUUCCCACGGACGUAAUCCCUGUGCCAGGUUUUAAAGCGUCCUCCUCUCUGCAUCACAUUUCCAUAACUUAGCUUUGUUCAGCCUCAUAUGCAUAAAACAGUGUUGGAAAAAUACAUAUAAAAACAGCAUGACUGAGAGAAACAGUGGCCCGCAGGAAAAGAAACACUGCUGCCACCAGCUCAGUAGCUGGUUUAAAAAAUAACAAAUGGGACAUGGAGACGUAAUGUGCACUGAGCGCCAACAUACUUCCAUCAUUUCCUCUCUCCACAUAUCAAAAACAACACCAACUGCUGCCCAAUGGCAACUUUAAAGGGACAUGCUACUUAAAUGUCCUCUCUGUUGGGGAGCCGUUUGAUCGACUAUGUGCCAAUGGUCAAGGAUUAGAAGUCAGUGGCUGUCGGCCAUCGACAAUGGACGAUGGCAUUGUUCACAGCUAAAAUCAACUGUAUAAACUACAAAACACUAGCUAUACUGGCAAACUGGAGGUAACUCAUCUCACUUAGGGCACAGUAGUGUAAGUUAUAUCACCGAGCACAAUCUACAAGAUAAAAUGUAGGAAAUUGGUUCAAGGAGGUCGCAGGCUGCCACGUUAAUAGUUCUUGCUAUGCAUAUUUCUGAUUAGUGGAGUACUUGCAUCAUUUUAUUUCAGCCAUUUCAUUUUUGCAGUUAGUUACUACGCCGCUGCGCAUCACUUACACUAAUGGUCUGCAUACUUCACAUUUUACAAUGGAGGCAGAGUUUAAGACAUAAUCUUUGAGCUGGAACUGAAAUUCAGGGAGCCAAUAAUGUAUUGAAAAUUACAAAUCCACAACAGUCACUAAAAAUGACCAUCAAAAUCAAUGUUCAAGGUUAUACUAAACAAGAAAUAAACAUUAGUUACAUUAAUUGUCUCUUUAGAUCGAAAAUAAUCUAUGUUACAUGAUAACUGCAUUCUGAUUUAACUAUUGUUCACACGUUUACACUUAAAAGGAAAGGUUCAACACUUUUCAAAUGCGGCUUGGAACCUUGAAUGAUAAGAUUGAGAUGACAGUCAAAUCAGUUAUAAAUUAGAAGCUAGGAGCUAAGCGAUGGUUAGCUUAACUAACGACUGGAAAAUGGAAAACAGCCUGGCUCUGUCCAUGUGUAACAAAUUCCACCUACCAGCACCUUUUGAAGCUCACUAAUUAACAUGAUAUGUCUUGUCUGUUUUUAUAUGCACAAACAGCAAAUUGUAAAAAGGACAUCAUAUGGUUUCAAAGCAUGUUGCAUACUGGAACUAUCUCCUGGCAGGAGAGAGUGAUUACCUUGAGUCUCUGCUGGUUGUCUGGCAAGACUCAGUGAGGGAUACUGAUCUAACUCUUGGCAAGAAAUGUAGUAUGACCAAUGUUUGAAAGAAAGAUUCAGAAUUUUGAGUUAGAUGUAUAAUUCUUGUGGCCACAAAGCCACAAGUUAAAUUAAAGAUUUGAAAAAAAAAAUAAAAGGGUGUUACAGCCUCUCUAAAAGAAAAAAAGGCAUUUUAUCUGCAAUGUAAACCAGCCCAGUCAGUCUUUAAAAGUGGUUCUUGCUGCCAAUGAAAACUAAAUCCAAUUCUUUCUCUUGUUUUGAAAAUCCUGAGAGAGGUGUUUGAGAUGUUUCACGUUCAUUUCCCUUUUUUUUUGGAGGGGGGUAUAUAGGUUGAGUAGAAUUUCUGAUUUAGUUUUUCCAUGCAAAUGUUUCAAUGUAUUGCACCUUAUACCAGUUUCAUCAUUUCAGAGUUCAUUGUAACUGUCAAAAUAGCAUCAGUGUUUUUAUUCCCCUCCCACUGAGUCUGAAGGUUGUUAGUAUUUCACAGUGGUGACAUCACAGUUGAUUUUACUUAAGAUUUAAGUUUUGCAUCUGUUUUUUGACACUGCAUCUGUGUUUCAUUAGGAGUUUGGUAAAUCUAAACGGCUUUUCUAUUGGUAUGGAUCGUGAAUUGCAUUAACUCUAGUGCUGACAGCUGUAGUGCUGCUGUGUGGAAUGCUCACAUUAUACGUAUGAUGCUGUAAAGUGACCUUUUUAUGUGUUUCAACUGAGCUGGAGACUUUCCAAUUUUGGUCUUUGGAAUUUCAAUUUCUAGAAGCAAAUGAUUUCUAUUUUUAUAUGUGCCAGGAAGGCAGUGGCAUGUACUGUAACAUGAAAGUCUCUACUUUAAGGUCUAUUAAUUGUUGGUUCCAUAAUAUGAAACAAUAAUAAAUAGUUGCAGUGA